GCGGAUCUGAAUAGUCGGGAGCCGAUCUUCGUUGCGCUUGGAAGUUCGCGGAUGUAAAAAGUGAAACCGAAAAAAUUCGCGCUGCGUUAUCUUCCAAAAGCCUUCGGCGUCGUCGAUUUUGCAUACCUAUCUCAUACCAGUUAAUCAAAACAGAGCGAGAGAGAGCGAACAACCGAACAAUGAUCAAUUCCCGAUAUUUGCUGAUUGCCGUGCUCAUUGCGCUUAUUGGGAAAGUGGCACGCGCCCAAAUCGCCUUCGUUGAGGAUCAAGACAUUGAUAAGAAGAAGGCCAACCUUGCGGGUCGCAAGCCACUGUAUUCUCCAGCCCGAUGCCCCAAGUACCAGCUUCUCUAUCCGGGGGACCAGCAGAAGCAGAACGACUGGGUCUGCGACUGCGCGCCAGCCACACUCUAUUACCCAGAGACCGAUGCCUGCUAUCCGGCCUACCGGCAGGGACCAUGUGAGCCGGGCCAGAUCCUGGUGCUCUACAAGGAGCGGAUCAUCCCGGAGUGCGUGCGUAAUCCGUGUAGCAGGGACGGACACUUUAUGAUACGCGACACCUGCUAUGAGUUCGGCAACACCAAGAAGGAGCAGAAUCCGUGUCCCAACCAGGAGGCCACCUUUGUGCUUGGCGUGAAUCCCAGCAACUUGAUGGUGGACUGUGUGAAGCUGUCCGUUCAACUGCAGACGCGUAUCUCGGACACGGAGGAGGCUCCGCCCGAAUACUACGUCGAUGUGGCCGAGAAGUGCGCCCGCGGCAGUCGCUUGUUGGCUCAGGGAAAGUGUCCUUGAUGGAUUCUAACAUGACGUUACAAAUUAAGUGCUUAAAUGUGUUGUGUUCUGUUUGGUGCUGUAAAUCCCAGUGGAGAAUAACGAAUAUGUUUAAUUUUUAUAACAGAGACAAUAUAAUUAUAUUCCUUUAAAUACCA